GGGUCACGCGUGCUCCGGAAGCGGCGGGCCCGACGGCGGCGCACAUCCGGCGUCGUCUCUCCGCGCCGCGCGUCGCCUGCCCAUGGCCGCCUCCGUGGAUUUCAAAACCUACGUGGAUCAAGCUUGCAGAGCUGCAGAUGAAUUUGUCAACAUUUAUUAUGAGACAAUGGAUAAAAGAAGAAGGGCUUUAACAAGACUUUAUUUGGACAAAGCCACGUUAAUUUGGAACGGUAAUGCAGUGUCCGGGCAAGAAGAACUGAGUAAGUUCUUUGAGAUGUUGCCAUCUAGUGAGUUCCAGGUUAACGUGUUGGACUGCCAGCCCGUUCAUGAGCAAGCUACGCAAGGGCAGACGACAGUCCUCGUGGUGACAAGCGGGACAGUAAAAUUUGACGGUGACAAGCAGCGCUACUUCAACCAGAACUUCUUGCUGACAGCACAGGCCACUCCUACCAACACAGUGUGGAAGAUUGCCAGUGACUGCUUCCGCUUUCAGGACUGGGCCAGUUAGUGAGGACUGGCUGAGGAAGUGACCUCUCUCAUGGGACGGGUUGGAGUCAGCUGUAUGGACAGCCGUUGUCCUGCAUGGGGAACACUUGCUCUUCGUCUUGCGCCUGUCAUUUAUGGAGGGUCUAUCAUCAGUGUUUGAGGGUUGGUCUCAGUGACUUUGGGUUUAGUAGUAAACAAUCUUAAAAUGUUAGAGGUUGCUGGUGUUAGUUGAACCUAAUAAAAUGCUAAAGGCAGUGAGUUGCAUUGGAAUCAUUCCUAAAAUGCCUUACAUGCAGCUAUGCUGCCACUUCAGGCUUCUCGUAUAUAAUGCUGAAACUCUACUAAUUGAACACAAAAUUCUCUUAAUGGACAAUUCGGACCAAACAUGUAGUUUUUCAACUUGAAAAGAUCUGUUUUUACAAUAGCAUCUUCCCUCUUUUGGAGAAGAUGCUUGUGCAUGUAGAUAGAAUUCUGAAAGUUACCUACUGUUUGUUGUAAGAGGCUAGGAGGGAUUGACAGUAAUUUCUGAUGUUUGUGAAAGUAGCAAAUACAGCUCCUGAGUGUGUCAUCUCAAUCCAUUUGAAAGGUAGCCUUACCUUCUCUGUUAUGAAAGAACUAAAUAAUCUCAUCAGGUUUCCUUUUGUCUUGAGCUUCCCAGACUGUGGUUAUAGUUAUUUUGCAUCGAUUUAUGUGUACGGCAUGCUGAAUGAUUCGGAGCACCUCUGCCAACAAUUCCUGUCACAUGCAUGUGAAAGACUUCAAACGGAUUCUUUUUCUUUUGAAGUCUUGAAGUUGUAAGAAAUAGGUCAGUUGCAGCAUUUCUGUUUGCUUUAACUGUUAAUUCUGUUGCUAUGAAGUCUGGGAUAUUUUUCCUGUAUUCAUUCUGCAAGUUUUGAAUUCCUACUGUCUUUUCAGGACACAUUGUAGUAAAGAAGUGGCACUGAAAGUGUGUAUUACUGUGAAGCCUUCAAUUUUUCUCUUCAGUACUGUUAUACAGAAUAGGUGCUUUGGUUAUUUUCAACCUAAAAGAACAGCUGUAAACACAAUUACCGUCUUCCUCUCAUGCAGAUUUUUACUGUGGUUUCAUAUUAAGUAUUGCCUUAAAUUAUUAAUUCUGGAAAUUUUUGUCUGUCUUGCUUGAAAUUUGUGGUUUAAAGCAUUCAGCCGCUUUAAAACAGUUUUCAAGACUGCAAGUUAAGACUGUCCAUGUUAACUUGGGAACGCGAGAGUAAAUCUGAGUUUCAACAGAUUUGUUUCAAACUGGUACAUUUCUGUUUUAAGCUGAGUAAAAAAAAAUAGCUAUAUACCUGGGAGUGCACUUGCUUGUAGCUGACAAAACAUGGGGGGAACUUGUAACUCUGAUCUUAAUAUACAUCACAUGGGGGGAACUUGUAACUCUGAUCUUAAUAUACAUCACAGAGACAACAGCAUCCUGAGUGCAAAAGCUGUUAUGGCUGGCUCACUUGUUUUAUGACUUAAAUCGGGGAAACUGUGAAAAUGAGCAUUAUCCAACUUGUGUAAGACAUCAUAAAAUGUGCAGUUUGCAGUAUAGUCUCACAAAUAAUGGGAUGUUUAGGUGAAAUGAAUGGGUUUAUUUCCUUUUAAGGCACUCUAGUGCCUUACAGAAUUAGUUACCUGUCUUUAUUCGGGAGCUGUUUGUGUUCUGAACUGUUGUGUAACUAUUUUUUUAUCCUGAAGAAUAUGAAUUCCUGCAAAACAAUGCAAGAAGUCCAGAAUUUGUGAAAGCUGUAAAUACUGUAAAUAGUUAUUUCUGUAUGUAGUAACAGAAGGAUUGGUCUGUUUAUUUACUGUUUGUUCUUAACAGAGUAUGCCAGGCUUCUAGAUUUGUGUUCCUCCUACAAGUUUGAAAAGAAAACCCUACAUUUGCCUGUUACUGACAGAGUGUUGUUGAGCAGUGAUGCUGCCGUGCUGUGCUCUUCUGGUUUGCUAACUUGCUCUUGCUUGUGUAAGUUGUGUUACAGAUGUGUUUCCAUACACAAAACAGGUUUUGACUGUUGAAACGUACUGAUGGGUGCAACUGUUAGCAUUUGCUUGUUGAACUUUGAAGGCAGUCAGCAGAACACACACUUAUAGCUGUACCUGAUAAACUUGUCCUGGGAAUAAAUACUUAUUGGGUAUUUUUA